AUGAAAAGUGCUGCUGUGAUAUGCAUGCUCGUCGGGGCCAUCUCGGGAUUUACAAUCUCCUCGAGGACUGGAGAAAAGAGGUAUAUGACUAAAGGAGGAUCUUGGAAAAGUCCAUCAGGAGUAGUUUAUGAGCUAGUAAUUAUGUCUGCAUCUGGAAACCCGAUCGAGUUCCGUACGGAAGAGAUAUCUCCCGGCAUCAAGGUUAUAAAGGGAGUAGGCACUAAUCAGGCCUUGGACCUUCAUCAUCCAAGCACUGGGCGGGUAAGGCUUAUCUUCUACACUCAGAAUAAUGAAUUAAGACAAACAUUUGAGAUUGGAGGAGAUGAGAAAAACGGGUAUUACCUAAAGAACAGCGAGAAGUGCCUGCAGUACGACGAGACGGGGAAUAUAUAUGGUGUCACCUGCUCCUCAAACCCGGAGCAGAAGUUUGAUAUUGUCUACUCACCUGAAGACUCGGAAUAUAAGCCUCCUGCUGAAACACAGCCUGCAUCAAAAGAUCUUACCGCCCAGGCGGUAAAGAAUCCUAGUCCCCUGGCACCUCAGGUGGUUAUAUUCAACGAAGGGGAAGGGCACCACUCCAACCCGCACCAUCAAGAUCUUGGAGAAGUGUUUUCUCUACACCACAAAAGCAAAAACCGUAUUGUUGUGUGA